AUGCUCCCGUAUCUCGCUCCGACGACGGACGUAUUGGAAGAAUUCUAUCUUUCUGAAGAAGUUACAUUCAUUAAGAAUGCGGCUGGACAGAGCCAGGCGUCUGGUAACAACGUCAAUAGUGUUCAGACUGGGAUUUCAGUCUCACGUGAAAGGAGACUUAGAAUAGCUAGAGAUGAGAUUGAGCAUUUGAAAGAUGCCUUGGGAAUUGGUGAUGAGAGAGAUUAUGUGGUUGACAUGGCUCUCCGAUUCUUCACAAUGGCAGCUGACAACAACUUCACUAGAGGGCGCCGAACUGAACUAGUACAGUCUUCCUGUCUCUACUUGGCUUGCAGGGAAAGGAAAAUCCCCAUUCUUCUUAUUGAUAUUUCAAGCUACCUUCGAGUUAGCGUUUACGAGUUAGGUACUGUGUACUUGCAAUUCUGUGAGAAGCUGUGCUUAGUGCCAAACCGGAACUAUGAGGAGCUUGUUGAUCCUUCAAUCUUCAUUCCUCGAUUCACAAACAUCUUAUUGAAAGGUGCACACGAUAAAGCAAAAUACGUCGUGGAUACGGCUAGAGACAUUAUAGCUAGUAUGAAGAGAGAUUGGAUGCAGACCGGCCGGAAACCAAGUGGAAUCUGUGGAGCAGCAAUUUACAUAGCUGCCAUUUCUCAUGGUAUCAUGUGCUCUAGGACAGAUAUUGGAAAAAUUGUGCAUAUGUGUGAAGCAACAAUAACCAAAAGAUUGAUUGAGUUUGCUAAUACCGAUGCUGCAAAAUUAAAUGUUGAUGAGCUCACUGAAAGAGAAAGGAUAUUGCAUAAAGAAACUUUACUUACCCCAAGACAAGAUUCUGACAAAAGAGAAGUGAUCUGUGAACAUAAGGGUUUAGAACAUUUUGGUUAUGGAUUAUGUAAGAACUGUUACAAAGAUUUCAUUAAAAUUUCUGGUGGAGUUGUUGGUGGGUCGGAUCCUCCUGCUUUCCAGCGAGCAGAGAAAGAGAGAAUUGAAAAAGCAGCUAGAGAAGAAAACGAGGGAGGAAUUGAGAAAAGUGAAGGAGAAACAGAUUGGGAUGCUGAAGCUUUAGAUGAAUCAGGCAAUCUUUCUGACCUCGAUGGUGAUAAAGAGGUGGAUAACUGUUUAAACGACGAGGAAGAAAUGCGCAUGAAGACUACCUAUUUUGACUUAGAAUACGGAGAGUAUCUUAAGGAGAAAGCAGCUAGUGAAGCUUUCAACGUGAGCAAUGCUAAUUGCCCAGAAUACGCAAGAAAUCUUGUUGAAGCUUCUAAAGCAUCUGUGGCAAAAUCUAGAAAGGAAAAGCGACAAAAGCGGGCUGAGGAAGCAAAGAACGCGCCUCCCCCAGCCACAGCUAUGGAAGCUGUUACCAGAAUACUUGAGAACAAGAGACUUAGAAUCGACUAUGAUGCUUUGGAGGAGCUCUUGGGUACAACAUCACCAGUUGAGAAAUCACCCAAGAGAUGGAAGAAGAGCAAUGAACAUGAAGACAAUGAUGAAGAGAUGAGCGUAAUAUUUUAA